CUGUCUCAGAGAAGAGUUUGAAAGCUAUUAGAGCCAUUGGAAGAGUUCGAGAGGGGUCGGAUUGCAGGGCUCCAGGAAGCGGGAUGGUCUUAAUGACGUAUUGCAUGCCAUAUCGGUUGUGCAGAUAUCACCAACAUCUGCAGGAACUGCGUGCGAAUAUUCAAGCUGCAUUGGAUGGAUUAUCACAGGACACCAUUAAGAACCUCUACAUCUCCAUUCCAAGACGUCUUGGAAUGUAGCGUUAGCAAACAUGGCGGCCUGACUCCAAACUGAGAGGCACUACUUCUUCUAAAAUAAGACAAUAAACCUGAAAAGUGAGAAGUACAGAUGUUUUGACCAGCGAAACCAUAAUAUAACUAAACACAGAUGUCACCGAAACUUCAUGCCAAGCACUGGAAAUGCUGCUGUUGGACGCGAGGACUACGAAAGACCACCCUGAAUCCACUGAAUCUAUCCCCCUGCAGACUCCAUCUACCCAAAUCCAAGGCCUCAACGUUCCUCCAAACAGUUAUGUAACUGCAACCAGAGGCUCUGUGAUUGGCUCAGGCAGCAUCUGUCACUCAUAAUGGCUGACGAGUUCGUGUCCUGCCCCUUGCCCUUCCUCGGGGGUAUAUAUAGCUUGCAGGAGAGGCUUGGCACCCCUGGCAAUCGAAAUGAGACUCCUGCUCCCGUUCUCCUGCCUGGUCAGCCUGCUGGCCCUCACCACCGCAGAUUCGGUGAGUGAAGUGCCUGAAAAUGAGCCACUGAUGCGUCUACAGUUCCAGAAGGACGGCAGCCGGUUCUCGGGUUGUGACUGCACCAAAGAGAUCACCCAGAGUUCCUCCAAUGACACACCAGCACCCGAGAGAACCGUCUGCCAGCCUUGCAACGCCGGGCCACAUCUGGACGCACCCUCCAGAGAGGAUUCUGUAACCAGUGAGGAGGAAGAGGAAGAUGAGGAGGUGGUUUCAAACGAAGCAGGUGAAGUGGUAGAGCAAGAAGAGGAAAGCAAGGAGCAGGCGUUAGAGAAUAUAGACCAGGGGGAGCCGCAGGGGAACGAAGAACACCAGGAAGCAUCUGAAGAGGUGAUGGUUGAAUCAAAUGCAGCGGAGGAUGCGUCUGAAGAAGCUGAAGAUGUGGAAGAGGAGGUUUCAGAAGCAGAACUAGAUACCACCGCCACUCCUCCUGGAGAGGAACCUGAAGUUAUAGAGGAUAUAGAGGAGCCAGUGCAAAAGGGGGAAGAGGAAGUUUUGGAAGAAGCAGUAUCAGAAGAGGAGACAGUGGAGGAGCCUCAACGUCAGGGAGUUUUCGGGUUUGAAGCGGUGGCUGCAGAGAUAACAGCCUCAGUGGCUGCAGAUAGCAGCAGUAACCCUGGAGAGUUCAUGGCAGAUGCUGCCCCAAUAGAAGAUUCUAGCCCUCCUGCUGAUGAGGAACCAGUCACUGAGGAAGGUGAGACUGAGGAAGUUAAACAAGAACUACCUUCAGAAGCUGAUCCUCCUGUGAAGGAAGCCCUGCCAGAGGACAAGCCCACAAAGAAACCAACACUCAAGGUCUCUGUGAAAGGGAGGAAGACAGCAGCAGAGGGUCCUAAGACGAGGGAUCGGUCUCACAUCGAUGACACACUUCGACUCUCCAUAGCUGAGCCAUCUGAGAAGUUUUCAGCCACCCUGAAGAAGCUGCAGUAUAUUUAUCACACAGCCAUUAAGCCUGUGGAGCAGGCGUACAAAUACAAGGAGCUCAGACAGCACGAGGUCUCAGAUGCCGAGAUCGCCUCCAAACCCAUGGUGCUGUUUCUGGGGCCCUGGAGUGUAGGCAAGUCCACCAUGAUCAACUACCUGCUGGGCCUCCAUGACACCCCACAAGAACUCUACACAGGCGCUGAGCCCACCACCUCUGAGUACACAGUCAUAAUGCACGGCGAGAAGGUGCGCACCAUCGAAGGCAUCGUCAUGGCAGCUGACAGUUCCCGCUCAUUCUCGCCACUGGAGAAGUUCGGUCAGGGCUUCCUGGAGAAGCUGAUAGGCAUCGAGAUGCCUCACAAGCUGCUGGAACGGGUCACCCUUGUGGACACACCUGGAAUCAUCGAGAACCGCAAGCAGCAGGAAAGAGGUUACCCUUAUAAUGAGGUGUGUCAGUGGUUUAUUGACCGAGCCGACCUGAUCUUCCUGGUGUUCGACCCCACCAAGCUGGACGUGGGCCUGGAGCUGGAGAUGCUUUUCAGACAGAUGAAGGGUCGUGAGUCUCAGAUCCGCAUUAUCCUCAAUAAAGCAGACAACUUGGCCACCCAGGACCUGAUGAGGGUGUAUGGCGCCCUGUUCUGGAGCAUGGCGCCGCUGAUUAAUGUGACCGAGCCGCCACGCGUCUACGUCAGCUCGUUCUGGCCGCGAGAGUACGCGACUGACACCAUUCAAGACCUCUUCAUGAAAGAGGAGAUCUCCCUGCUGGAGGACCUAAACCAGGUGAUCGAGAACCAACUGGAGAACAAGAUCGCCUUCGUUCGGCAGCACGCCAUCCGGGUGCGCGUCCACGCCCUGCUGGUGGACCGCUAUCUCCAAACGUAUUACGAGAAGCUUGGCUGGUUCGCUGAUCCAGAUGAGGUUUUCCAUGACAUCGCAGCUGACCCUGACCGCUUCUACAUCUUCAAAUCUGUGCUGGCCAAGGCCAACGUGAGCAAGUUCGACCUGCCAGAGCCCGAGGUGUACAAGGACUUCUUCGGGGUGAACCCAGUGAGUGGAUUCAAGCGGUUGGAGUCACAGUGUGGCUGGACGGGAGGUUGUCUGCUGCAGAAGAUCGAGAAGGCCAUCGGGGAGGAGCUGCCCGAUCUGCUCAGCAGCCUGACCGAGAGGAAGGAAACAGCCAAACAGGAGAAGUCAAAGGCUCAGGAGAAGCCCAAAGCUGAGGAGAAGCCCAAAGCUGAGGAGAAGCCCCAAGGCGAAGAGAAGCCCAAGAACCGCUGGCGGAGGCAGUGAGGGAAAGAGAGAGAGAGGGGCGAGAGUAGGAAGGAGUAGGGUAUUGUUCCUAAUAGGGGUGCACACUGGCUCUGUUUAUACUAGACAUCAAGCCAGUUGAAUGGACGGAUGGAUGGAUGGAUGGAUGGAUGAAUAAAUUGAUUAAUAAAUUAAAAAUGUGAGUGAAUAACUGAAUGAAUAAAUGAUGGAUGACCCGAGAAGGAAUGGCUGCAUGAAUGAAUAAUAGAUAAAUGGAUGGCUGAAUGAACAAAUGCAUGCAUGAUAGAUGAAUGAACAAAUGUACAGAUGAAUGAAUGAAUGAAUGACCAGACCAGGGUAUCAGAGAAACAGGAAGACAGUACCAGGAGUUGAUGAAUGAAUGGAUGAAUGAAUGAACAAAUGAAUGGAUGAAUGAGCGAUGGUGAAUGAAGGGUGAUGAUUAUGGGAUAAAAGAAAUGAAGGACAGUUCAAAGGGAAUGAAUGAAUGAAUAGCAUGCAUAGUUGAAUGAGCAAAUAAUUGAAUUGACAAAUAUAUAAAUGAAUGACUGGACAGAAAGGGGGAUGAGAGAAAUGGGAUGAGAGUAAAGGGAAUGAAUGAAUGAACAAACGAUUGAACAUAUGAAUCAAGACAAUGAAUGAACUAACAGAUAAAAGUGAAUGAAUGAAGGAUGACGAUUGUGGGAUGAGAGAAAUGAAGACUGAAUGAAUGAAUAACAGUUAAAUAGUCAAAUGAGCAAAUGGAUGAAUUGACAAAUAUAUAGAUGAAUGAAUGAAUAAAUCAAUGAAUGAAUGGACAGAAAGGGGGGUCAGAGAAACGGGGAGACAGUAAAGGGAAUGAAUGAAUGAAUCAAGAAGCAUGACAAUGGAUGAACUAGCAUAUAAAUGUGUGAAUGAAGGAAUGAAUGAAUGAAUAACAGUUAAAUAGUUAAAUGAGCAAAAGGAUGAAUUGACAAAUAUAUAGAUAGAGGAAUGAAUGGACAGAAAGGGGGAUCAGACAAACGGGUUGACUGUAAAGGGAAUGAAUGAAUGAAUUAACAAAUGAAUUGAUGAAUAAUUUAAUCCAGGAACAUCUGACGGAGUGGAGGGAAGAAAUUAUGAAGAAGAGAAAAGCACGAAUUCAGAGCCGUGGAGGCGGUUUAAACACAGAGACUCUCAGGGGUCACUGGCGUAUACGGCAGAAAUAAUCCAGGUUUAUGUAUAAAUAUAUAAAUACCAACUUCAUCAGAGUUGCUGAUCUGGGAUGAGCUCCUGCCUGCAGCAUAUACCUGUAUUCCGUUGGGUAUUUGUGGUAGGAGCUGAUUCCAGACCAGCGCUCCUAAUGCAAUGUGUUAUGAACGUAGCCACUGCUCUUUUGUUGCUUUCAAUCACAUCUGUUUGCUAGUGAUUUAUUUAUUUACUGUUUCUUUCCACAAAGUACACCAGGUUAUUAAUCUUCGUCGUUGAUAUUCGAGUAAGUGGUGGGCUUGUCGACUUGUGCUCUUUUAGCAAGCAUGUCUUACGCUGUAACUCGAGGUAGCUGUAAUGCAUAUGAUUAGUCAUUUUGAUCGUUUCAUUGUGGUGACUGAUGUCGAAUGUUUCUAGUGCUGCAUGUGAAAUAUAGCAUCACAUUAAAGCUGUUUUUUCUGUCCUA